AUGUCUUUCUCAGUGCAAGAACUGGACAACACUGUCCGCGCCUUCUAUGAGGGCAAAGGCGAUGUGCAAAAACAAGCACAACAAUCUUUGACCGAGUUUAAACAAAAUCCAGACGCGUGGUUAUCGGUGGGAGAGAUCUUACAGGAAUCAUCAUACUCCCAGACAAAGUAUCUCGGACUGCAGGUUCUAGACGAGGUGAUUAUGACAAGAUGGAAAGUCCUACCACGAGAUCAAUGCCAAGGAAUUCGCAACUUCGUCGUGAAUCUGAUCAUCGAACAUUCGAAAUCCGAAGAAAAACUCAAGAGCGAACGCGCCUUUUUGAAUAAAUUGAACCUCGUCCUCGUCUCAAUACUGAAACAAGAGUGGCCCCAUAACUGGCCGACUUUCAUCAAUGAAAUUAUUUCCUCGUGCCACACCAGCCUUUCCAUCUGUGAAAACAACAUGGCCAUCCUCCGAUUGUUGUCAGAAGAGGUCUUUGAUUAUUCACAGGAUCAGAUGACGUCUACCAAAGCCAAAAACCUCAAGACAACGAUGACCCAGGAGUUUUCAUCCAUCUUCCAGCUAUGUUCCGAAGUUCUGAACACUGCCAACCAGCCCGCUCUCAUCAAAGCAACACUGGAAACGUUACUCCGAUUUUUGAACUGGAUUCCUCUGGGCUAUAUUUUCGAGACUCCCAUUAUCAACACUCUUCUUACUAGGUUUCUCGAUGCACCGGAAACCCGUAAUGUGACACUGAAAUGUCUGACUGAGAUUGGCGGUCUCCAAAUUGGCCCACAGUACUCCUACGAUGAAAAGUUGGUCUUGAUGUUCACCGAAACUCUUACACGAGUGUCUAGGAUCAUUCCACUAUCUCUGGAUCUGAAGAGCACGUACGCAAGCAGCAACUCCAGAGAUCAGGAGUUCGUUCUGAACCUCGCGCUCUUCCUCUGCAACUUCUUCAGUGUGCAUCUCAACCUUAUCGAAAAAUUGCCCAAUCUGGAUUACCUUACCCACGCGCACUUCUACCUCAUUCGAAUCAGCCAGAUUGACGACCGCGAAAUUUUCAAAAUCUGCCUAGAAUACUGGACUAAGCUUGUGCAGGAACUGUAUGAAGAGAUGCAACAGCUCCCCAUCACGGACAUCAACCCAUUAGUAGGCAUGGGCGUCAGUGGUCUAUCGAACGGCGGUGCGCCACAUCCCAGCACACUCGCAAACUACCCCUUGCGCAAACAUAAGUAUCAAGAAGUACUAUCGAGUCUGCGAACUGUUAUGAUUGAGAAAAUGGUACGGCCCGAAGAGGUUCUCAUUGUGGAAAACGAUGAGGGAGAAAUUGUCCGCGAGUUUGUGAAGGAAAGCGACACCAUCCAACUGUACAAAACUACAAGAGAAUGUCUGGUCUAUCUGACGCAUCUUGACGUUGUCGACACAGAGACUAUCAUGGCCGAUAAACUUGCUAAACAGGUCGAUGGCACAGAGUGGUCGUGGGCUAACUGCAAUACUUUGUGCUGGGCCAUCGGCUCCAUCUCUGGCGCUAUGAACGAGGAGACUGAGAAACGUUUCUUGGUCACCGUAAUCAAGGAUCUUCUCGGUCUUACGGAACAGAAGCGUGGGAAAGACAACAAGGCAGUCGUUGCCAGUAAUAUCAUGUAUAUUGUUGGCCAAUAUCCAAGGUUUUUGAAGGCACACUGGAAGUUCCUGAAGACUGUCGUGAACAAGUUGUUCGAGUUCAUGCACGAAACGCACGAAGGUGUCCAGGACAUGGCUUGCGAUACGUUCAUCAAGAUUGCCAACAAAUGUAAACGUCAUUUCGUGGCUCUUCAGCCUGGAGAGAGUGAACCCUUUAUUGAAGAAAUAGUCCGCAACAUGCGUAAGAUCACUUGCGACCUUUCACCACAGCAGAUCCAUACCUUUUAUGAGGCUUGCGGCUACAUGAUCUCGGCUCAGGGUCAAAAGGGCCUCCAGGAUCGAUUGAUUGAAAGUUUAAUGGCAUUGCCUAACUCUGCGUGGGAUGCCAUCAUUGCGCAAGCCAACCAAGACCCUUCAAUUUUGCAGGAUGCCGAAACUAUCAAAAUUGUCGGAAACAUCAUGAAGACCAACGUGGCGGCUUGCUCUUCAAUAGGCACUUACUUUUAUCCUCAAAUCGGCCGCAUCUACCACGAUAUGCUCAAUAUGUACCGCGCUUCCAGCCAACUUAUAUCCGACGCUGUUGCUAGUGAUGGAAAUAUUGCGACGAAAACUCCUCGGGUGCGAGGAUUGCGCACCAUCAAGAAGGAAAUCCUCAAGCUUAUUGACACAUAUGUUCAAAAGGCAGAUGACCUGGAAAUGGUCAAUCAGAACAUGGUUCCGCCGUUGCUCGAAGCCGUUUUGUUAGACUACAACCGAAAUGUCCCCGAUGCGCGGGAAGCAGAGGUUUUGAAUGUUAUGACAACCAUUAUUCACAAGCUCCAUAAUCUUAUGGACGACAAGGUGCCGAUUAUCAUGGAGAGCGUCUUUGAGUGCACUCUUGAGAUGAUUAAUAAGGAUUUCCAUGAAUAUCCCGAACAUCGUGUUCAAUUUUUCAAGUUGCUACAGGCGAUCAACCUGUAUUGCUUCCCAGCCUUAUUGAAACUAGAUGGCAAUCAGUUCAAAUUUGUCAUCGACUCAUGCAUGUGGGCAAGCAAGCACGACAACCGUGAGGUCGAGAACACCGGUCUGACCAUGUGCCUUGAACUUAUGAACAAUAUGGCGGAAACUGAUUUGCAGACAUCGAGUAUCUUCUUCCGCCAGUUCUAUCUACCCAUUCUCCAAGAUGUGUUCUUUGUGCUUACCGACACCGAUCACAAAGCUGGAUUCAAGUCUCAAGCUAUGCUCUUGUCGCGCAUGUUCUACUUCGUUGAAUCUGGCAAGAUACAAGAGCCUAUAUACUCUCCAGAACAAGCGCCGGUUGGCACCUCGAACAAGGACUUCCUACAAGAAUACGUUGCUAGCCUUCUUCAGUCGGCUUUUAAGAAUCUUCAGGAAAUUCAAAUCAAGCAGUUUGUUAUCGGACUCUUCGCAUAUAAUGACGAUUUUACGAAAUUCAAGACACACCUGCGUGACUUUUUGAUCUCUCUCAAGGAAUUCGCGGGAGAUAAUGCCGAACUCUACGCAGAAGAACGGGAACAAGCAUUACAGGAUGCCAAGGCUGCCGAAAGAGAUCGUGCAAUGAAGGUUGGAGGUUUAAUGAAGCCAGCUGAUAUGGACCAAGACGACGAUCUAUAGUCCGGUUGGCCGAUUUGAAGGUUUUGGAGAAACUUGGAGAACAGAUUGGAAGCAAAGCAGAUCUUCAGCACGCUUCGUGAGCUUGGGAACUGUGCAAAGUCUUGUAUAUUUCCUUGACUUUGCCCUCUUUUGCUUGAAUUCUUUUUUUUUUUUUUUUGGACCGUUGAUGUAUCAAAAGGCAUAUCCAGUAUACAUGCACCCAGGGUAUGUAUAUUGUGGAGGAAGCGCCUGCUGGGGGUUCCAAGGGGCCGGAUCAGGAGAAGAAAAAAAGGAGUCAUUCUAGCAUUAGUCUAAUCACUCUAAAGGUCAAAUAAAAUAAUGAUAUUGCUCAGGG